AUGGCGGCUAUCUUGACAUUCCUGUGGGAGAAUUCCACCCGUAUCGUGGCAGUUGCCCUGGGAGGCGCUCUUCUCUGGCAACUCCUCCUUGCCGGCUACAACAUCGCCCUCCACCCCCUUCGCAAAUACCCGGGCCCGGUUCUUCAGCGCGCCUCUCCUUUCGUCUGGGCAUGGCAGCAUGCCUUUGGAUACCAGGCCUUCAGCACCCAGCGUCUCCACGAUCGGUACGGCCCCGUGGUGCGCAUAAGCCCGAACCACUUGUCCUUCACCAAUGUCGAGGCAUGGAAGGACAUCUACGGCUUCCAGAUCGGCAAGGACUUCGAGGACAACGAGAUCCCCAAGGCUCGCCUGUUUUCCACGACGAUUGAGGAGAUCCCGACGAGCAUCGUGAAUGCCGACCGCGAGGAGCACCAGCGCUUCCGCCGUGCGCUGUCCCACGGUUUCUCUGACAGCUCCAUGAGGGCGCAGGAGGGUAUUAUUGUCAAGUACAUUGACAAACUCAUCAGCCGGCUGCAGAAGAACUCCGAUAGGGGGAAGAAGGCACUCAAUAUCGAGGCCUGGUACAAUUGGACGACGUUCGAUAUCGCUGGCGACCUCAUCUUUGGGCAGUCGUUCAAGUGCCUAGAAAGGUCCGACUAUCAUCCGUGGAUCGCCUUCAUUUUACAGACCAUACGCUACAACGCCUUCAUGACCGCCUUGAAGUAUAUCGGACUCGACCCCGUUGUUCAGGGGUUGUUCAAGAUGGGCAGCCUUUCUGCCAUGGCCAAGCUACAGGAAAGCACACACGAGAUGAUGGAAACACGGCUGAACAUGGUACAGGACAGAAAGGAUCUUUUCGAGGCCUUUCCUUCCAGAGCCUCUAGAAAGCUGACAACGCACGCCUGGACCAAGAAUCUCUCUUUUGAGAAGCUCUCGGCCAAUGGGCUCAUCUUGGUGCUCGCGGGCUCCGAGACUACGGCAACGACCCUCGCAGGCGCCACAUACCUCCUUGCGAGAAACCCGGACGUGCUGCGGAAAUUGAACAACGAAGUCCGCUCGGCCUUUGCCGACCAGAGCGAGAUCAAUAUCGGUUCCGUGAGCAAGCUGGCGUAUAUGCUUGCGGUGCUCAACGAAGCGUUGCGACUCUACCCCCCCGUGACGUCUGGUCUAAUCCGGGAGAUCCCCAACGGCGGAUGCCAAAUCGCGUCAGAGUUUGUUCCAAAGGGAACCUUUGUCGAAGUCCAACAAUGGUCGGCGAACCAUAGCCCAGACAACUGGACCAGGCCGUGGGAGUUCCGGCCGGAGCGUUUCCUAGAAGGUGGAAAGGGGGAGCACAACCACCUGGACGCCCUGCAAGCUUUCAGCCUGGGACCGCGCAACUGCAUAGGGAAGAAGUACGAACUACCCGUGGGCCCCUUGGUUCUCAAAAAAAGCACAAACGAGAUGAGGUUUGCUGACAAGAAACCUGGUUGUCAACAUCAGCCUGGCGUACGCUGA